UUGGCAGGAAGACAACUUUUUGUGCAUGGAUUAUCAAAUUCCUUGUCAGAUCAAUCUAAUUUUCAUAUGAAGAUCAUAUUUUGAAUAGUUUGAAGUUUAAUAACAAGGACUAAGGACAUCAGGAUAUGUCUUGGAUUUCGUAAAAACAGCAGCAAAAUGUAUGAUACUCCAGUCAGCCUGCAGGGCUGCUGUGUAGACUUUAUAUGUGAAAAUUUAGAGGCAUUGUGUGAUGUCAAUCCAGUUGAUUCUCCACUUCCCAAAAUGACUUUUAAAGAUCCUGAUGUGUAUUUCCAUGGAGAUUUGUCAGAACAGCUUUUGACAAAGUUAUGUGACAAAGGAAAGUUGACUGAUGAUACAUUAAGUCUAUUUAAUCCUAAUACUACAAGCUUAAAAAGAGUAUCUAUUCAGAAUUCACAGUUAACUACAAGAGGAUUGAGAACCCUUCGUGCACACAGAAUUUCAGAUCUUGAGAUUAAAGGUCUGCGAACAGUAACAGUGAAUGAUGUAAUUGGUUGCCUUGGAGAAUGGACACUUUCACAUCUAAAAUCACUGAAUGUCACACAUAGCACAUUUAUGAAUAGUACUAACUUCAUAGUAGUGAUUUCAUUGACAAAGCUUCAAAACUUGCAAAGUCUGAAUGUUAGUCACACAGAAUUCAAUAAUCAUGGCCUGGAGAUCAUUGCAACAGAUCUUCCUUGCCUUGAGAAUUUGGACAUCUCAAAUACACGUGUCACAGAUAUAUCAUCGGUUAGAAAGUGCAAAGACAGAUUGAAAUCACUAUCCAUCUACAAUAUACGUCCACUAAAUGAGGAUGAAGUUAUUCCCAUUCUCUUUGAGAUGAAGCAUCUAGUUCACUUAGAUAUUUCCGAAGAUCCAUCAGUGCAGCCUCUUUUAAACUUACAAAAUGGAAGAUUUAAAAUUAAAGCAUUAUUGGCUGUGCCAUCUUGUCUACCAUGUCUGACAUCUUUAGAUAUUUCAGGAAAGGAAGGGGCCAAUGAAACAAUGAUCAGGGAUUUUAUGACAACACACACUAUGAGAUUUGUAGGUGCAGCUUUAACACCUUACUGUGAAUAUGAAAUGUUGGCAGAUGAGAUAAAGACAGAUAUUGUGGUCACUGGUGAGGCCAAUGAGAAGCAGAUACUAGAAGCUUUAAGGAGAUAUGUAUUAAGAGCAGUUUAUGUUCAGAAGUCUCUAUAUACACUGUUCAGACUGACCCAGGUCAUGGUAGAACCUAGAGAAGAUAUCAUUAGGCUUGUAUUACCAGCAAUGAAUGGACAUCCUAAACAACUAGGUGUACAAAUGGCUGCAACAGCCUGUUUAUAUAACCUGUCUAAAGGGGAUGUUGGAAUGAAAGUCCAUCCUGCAUGCCUGAAACAUGUGGUCAAUUCUACACUGUCAGCCAUGGAAAACUUUCCCAAUCAUCAACAGUUACAGAAGAAUGCCUUGUUGACAUUGUGUAGUGACAGGAUACUACAGGAUGUGACAUUUGAUAGAUAUAGAUGUGCAAGGCUUGUAAUGGAGUGCCUGUGCCAGUUUGAUGAAACAUCUAUGAAUAGGAUGUCCGUUGCUAUAUGCUCAAUACUUGCAGCCAAGAUUUCAACAGAGCAAACAUCAAUGCUUGGAGCCAAAGCAAGAUACAUGAAAAAGAUGUUAGAACUUGUGAAACAGAAAGUAGAAAAUAAAGUGAUAGAUAUAACUCUUAAGUUUACACUCAGUGCUUUAUGGAACUUAACAGAUGAAUCUCCGCCAACAUGUCAUGUAUUUCUAAAGGAGGGAGGUUUGGAUUUAUUUAUGGAAACCUUACAGGUUGUCAGUGAAAUGGAACCAGACACAAGAACACAAGUGGAAACAAAAAUACUUGGACUGCUGAAUAAUAUUGCUGAAGUGAAAAAUCUUCGAGAAGCAUUGAUGAGAGAUGACUUUAUGAUGUUAGGAAGGAGAUUAAUGCAUGCAGAUCAAAUAGAUGUUGGAUACUUUGCUGCAGGAAUUAUAGCACACCUAGCUAGUGAUGGUCCUCAGUCAUGGCUUGUAGGAACUCCAGAAAGAGAGGAGUUAUUAAAUGAAUUAGGUGAAGUUGUUCUGAAAUGGGAACAACCUAGUGGUGAAAUGGUUGCAUACAGGUCUUUCAAGCCCUUUUUUCCUUUACUAAGAUGCAAAACAGCACCAACUGUACAGUUGUGGGCUGUGUGGGCUAUUCAGCAUGUUUGCACUAAAAAUGGAAACCGUUAUUGUCCCAUGCUAGAAGAAGAAGGCGGUGCCCAUAUUUUAAGACAAAUGAUUGACAAUCCUGAGUCACAUGAACAUGUUGUUCAGAUUUCCAAAGAUAUACUCAUUCUUAGCAGGGAAAACAAGGCUCAAGCUCAGAAGAAGCGAGAAAAGAAAAGAUAACAUAGUUCUCUUUAGAGCUUCAAUUUUAUCUUUGAAAUUUCCUUAAGAUAUUGGGAAGUUGUUCCAUCUGCAAUCAUUUUCCUCCUUAUUACUCAGAAUGGGUGAGGAACUUUUUGUGAAGAUAACUAGAAGAUAUUGUAAAUAAAUGUUAAAGAUUACCUGCUUCAACAUGUAUUUUGUUUCUUUUAAUGUUAUUAUGUUUGUUUCCCUUGAUAUUUUAUAAGAAAAUGACAAGAAAUUACAGUCUGUGUAUUUCUGCUUUGAAUUAGUGUUUGAAAUGUUUUAUCUAUACAAAAGUCUUAACCUAAAAGUAAGGUUAAGAAAAAAAACAAUUUCGUUCAUGACUGUAACAGUUUUAUUAUUUGACAUGACAUCAGAUAGUCUUUUUGUACUCUGAAAAUAAUAGUGGGAUUUUCAAACUCAAUUUGAAUCUAACAAAAUGUCUUUUGUUACAAUUUAAGUGCUAAGAAAUGAAGUGCUCACAUUGACCUGAUCAAGUUUGGAGUGUAUGAUGAAGGUCAUAUUCCUUUUUGGUUCUUGAAAAUUUUAUUUAAUUUGUUAUGUUCUAUAUAUCUACAACAGCAAGUUUAAUAAAAAUGAAAAAAAUGAUUUGAUUGGUAAAUAUUUUACUAUAAAUGGACUUGUUUGAAAUCAAGACUAAAAUCUUUGAUAUUGUCAAUCAUGUUUACAUAUGAAAAUUAAAAAAAAUGCUCAAAUAAUCAUGAUGUUUCUUUCAUAGUACGAAAGCCAAUGGGUAUUAAUUUGAAAUUGAUUUUAUUUGUGGUUAUAAAUUUCUUUGUUAAUUCUGCGGAAAUAUCAAUGCAAUAUUAUUGUUUAUCUGUGAAGGUUCAUUUAUUGUCCCAUUUUAAUUCAUAAUAUUACAGUAUAUUGUUGAUUGUUUUUUGGUCAUUUUAUUCAUUCCAAUUUUGCUUAUUCUUUACCAUUAUAAGAUAUACAUCAUGUUUAACUUGCUGAUAUCAGAUAAAUGUAAAAGUGAUCCAAUCGGAUACCAGUCUCAUUGUCAUCUGUUUUUCAUUUGUUGAUAUUUCUCCUGUAAAUAAAAUUUCACUGAGAUGAUGAUGAACCAUAUUAAAUUGUCUGUAUAUGCUUGACAGCAUUAUCUAACAUGCAUUUCUAUCUUUUAAAAAUAUUCUUCAACCUUUAUCUACUUGGAAAUACUAUUACAGGUACUUGGAAAUGCCAGUUUCAAUGAUUCAUUGGAAUUUUUGGUUCUUAGAAUAAUUGUUUCAUACUUUUGAUACAAUCAAAUUAUUAAAGAGUAACUAAGUAAUGCCUUGUGUACUUUUUUUUUUUCCAUUUUAGUAAACAACAAAAAUCAGGAAAAUAGAUACUCGCAACAGUAUGAUAAUUUUUUAAAAGUACUGUAAAUUCAGUAAUAUAUGUAUCGAUUCAAAUCUGUGAAGACCAUCCAAUUUGUGACCAUUAACUUAUUUGAUUUAUUAAAUUCAUAUUCCUACAUGAAUAAAUAAGUGAUGUGUUUUUAAUGAGAUAAAUGUGCUGUUGGACUUUUGCAUUCAUAGAAACAUUGCGAUAAUUUCUAAUUUUCUUUAAAUUGAGAUAAAUUAAUUUAACUGAUGGAAGUUAUUUUGAUAAACUGUUAAAGUAAGAAUUUUUGUGUUUUCCUAAAUUGAGUUUUUUUUUGCAGUGCAUACUUAUAAGAAACGAAAAUAUAAAAUCGGAAAAAAUGAUUUUCAUGGUUUUUCACACUAAUUUUUAUUAUGAGUCAUUUUUAUACGACCGCAAAAAAAUUUUGUGGUCGUAUAUUGGUAUGACGUUGGCGUCGUCGUCGUCGUCGUCGUCGUCGUCGUCGUCGUCCGGCGUCGUCGUCCGAAUACAUAUUGGUUUUCGCACUCUAACUUUAGUUUAAGUGAAUGGAUCUUUUUGAAAUUUGACCAUAAGGUUAAAUACCACAAAAGGAAGGUUGGGAUUGAUUUUGGGGGUUAUGGUACCAACAGUUAAGGAAUUAGGGGCCAAAAAGGGGCCAAAAAUGAGCAUUUUCUAGUUUCCAGACAAUAACUGUGGAACGGUGUAUGGAUCUCUCUGAAAUUAUACUACAAGUUUCCAUACCACAAAGGGAUGGUUAGGAUUUGCUUUGGGGGGUUAUGGCUCAAGCCGUUUAGGAAUUAGGGGCAAAAAAGGGGGAAAAACAAGGUUGUCCUGGUUAAUGGACAAAUACUUUAGUACAAAACAUAAUUUAAAGCAGUGUAAGGGAGAUAAAUCAAAUACAUCAUUGAAAUUAUCUCCCUUACACUGCUUUUAAAUUAUGUAUAAAGUAAUGGUUAAUGAACAAUAAAGAUAAUUUAAAACAGUGUAAGGGAGGUAAUCCAAAUACAACGUUUUGGUUACUUCCCUUACACUGCUUUUAAAUUAUGUUUAAAGAAAUGCAUAUUUAUAAAGGAAGACCAGUAAAAAUAUCUGCAAAUGUUUUCAUCUUUUUUUUUUACAAAAAAAAUCCAUAUGAAAGAUUUGACACUAUAUUUUUAUUAAUUCUAUUAUAAAAUAGAUUAAGUUAGAACUAUGGUAAAUUUAAAUGGGUAAUUAUGGUUGCCAACUCCAUUGGAAAUUUGAAUUGAGAUUAUGACCAUAUCUAUAGGGAGAGAAUU